GGCUCGCCUCGCGAGCUGUCACGCACGCCGCUCCCGGCCCUGCCCUGGACAUGCAGGCCCUGGCCUGGCUGCUCGCUGUCAGCCUCCUGCCGCAGAUCCUCAGGCCGCCGGCGCAGGCGCAGGGUGCGGGUGACGUCCUCACCGUCAACAUCACCUGCCAUGACCUGGAGACGGUGGAGGUCACGUGGGGCCCCACCCAGCACGGCCACGCCUUUCUGGCGGUGCGGAACCUAAGCCUCGACUUCCGUUACGGAGCCCGCGACCCCCUGCCCUGCCCGCACUACCUUCUGCUCGGCGGUGACGUCACUUCCGGGUGCAUCCUCCCGGCGAGGGCGGGGCUUCUGAAUAUCACACUGAGCGACGGAGGCGGGUCCAAGGUUUUCUCUCGGAGUCGCCGCCCGUCGGCCUGGCUGAAGCCCCGCCCCCCGUGGAACGUCACGCUCUCGUGGACCGCGGCCGACGCCCUCGCCGUGUCCUGCCCCGCCCACCCCUACCCAGGCCUGGACUAUGACGUGCAGCACCGCGACGCCUUCGACCCCGAGUGGCAGACGACGUCGGCGCCGCGCUGCAACCUGACGGUGGGCGGCCUUGACCCGGGGCGCUGCUACGACCUCAGGCUGCGGGCGCGGCCGCAGGAUUUCUACUACGGCCUCGAGGCGCAGGCGAGCGAGUGGACGCCCGUGAUGCACUGGUGGGGGGCGGGGCCCGCUGCCUCCUGCGCCCCGAGCCCGAGCCCGGCCCCGCCCACGCCCCUCCCCCUGGCCUGCGGCCUCGCGACCCUGCUGACCCUGGCGCUGCUCCUGGCGCUGCUGCGGCUGCGCAGGGUGAAGGAGGCGCUGCUGCCCUGUGUGCCGGACCCCCGCGGCUCCUUCCCAGGCCUCUUCGAGAAACACGGCGGGAACUUCCAGGCCUGGAUCGCCGACGCCGAGGCCGCCGCCCCCGCCACCACGAAGCCUGAGGAGGACGACGACGUCAUCCGGCUCCAGGGAAAGUGGGCAGAGCCUGAGCUCGGCCCCGCCCUGCCGAUGCCGGGCCCAGUGGGUGGAGUCCUGGUUUCGGUGGGUGGGGCCACGUUUGUGGUGGACGACAUCGGCUACGUGACCCUGUGACCCCAGAGGUGGCUAUAGGUUGGCACUGGGGCCACGCCCACCGCCUGUCAGUCACCCACCUUGACCUCUGUGAAGGGUGACGAGGACACGCCCCAGAUGCUGCGCACACCGGGUGUCCGAGGGUCACUUCCUGUUAAAGGUGGAAACCGGC